AUGAGUGUUAGCGACGAUGAAAUCUUUAACGAAGAACUUGAAGAUAAAAACUUUACGGAAAAGAAUGCAAAAAAAAAAGUAGACAUUUGUAAAACAUCAACAGAACUUUAUUUGAACCGAAUUCGUGGUUUAAUUCCACCACUUAAAUCUAACUUUCUGCCACUUAAUUAUAAUAUAUCGACUUUACUAAAUUUUAAAGCUGAAUAUAAUGGAGAAACUUGGCACGAAUAUCUUAAAAAUGUGGCUCAAAUUUGUAAACAAACAAAAAUAGAUACAGAUUGGCUGGAAAUUUUUUCUGCUUACAAUUAUGCAAAUGCAAUAAUUCAACAAACUAAAGAUAAAACAUUCACAUUUGAAAUUGACAGAGAAAAGAACCAAAUUGCAAUGUUCAAAGAUUCUGUUCCAGUUUUUGCAUUAGAAGAGCAAGCAAAAAGAGCCGAAUUAUAG